AUUGACCUAUAAACUAACUCAAUCACUAGAAGUCAAUAGCAUAUUUACAUGCCUAAGCAUAUGCCCUUUCUAGCUAUAAAAGCACGAGUUUGUCCAACACUUUAGAAACAUAAGGCAAGAAAAAAANUUCUUAUUAAAUCAUAAUUGACUACUCUUACUUUUUCUUAAGCCUAAUGGGAACAUCAAAUUUAGUCUUAGUACUUUUUGUACUUUUGGUACUUUUAGCAAGAUCAACUCACAUGAUCAAUGCAAGGGCACCUAAUAAUCAAGUUUAUGAUCAAUUGAACAUGAGGGCUGAUCAAUUGUGUGGGCACACAACAUACCCAACUCUGUGUGUACAAACCUUGACAAGAUUAAGGUUUGGGAAUCAAAAUAUUGAUUACUUGUCUGCACUUGUUAACAAUACAAUCUCUGAGACCAUGUUGCCUGAUUCCUACUUUGAGAGCUUGAGUUCCGAUUCAGUCUCGCCAGACGUUCAACUCGCACGAGCGUCUAUCGUCGAUUGUCACGAACUCGUGAAAAUGUCGUUCAAGAGACUCAACCAAGCUCUGCAGUCGCUUCGAAAAUCUCCCGAAGCCUACAAGGCCGACAUCCAAACAUUCCUUAGCGCAUCUAUAACGUUCCAACAAACAUGCAAGGACAAAAUAAAGGACCAUGCUCCAACUAAUGUUUACUUAGAAAAAAUCAUCAAGAAAAUGGACCAUCUUUCAGCGCUAUGCAGCAACUCGUUGGCCCUCGUGAACCGAGUCACAAAAAGCCCGGCAACUACAAGCAAGCGCCAACGGGAAGGUUUUCCCGGUUGGCUUUCGACUAGAAACAGGAGAUUGCUACAGAGUACCGAAAUAAAGGCUAAUGUCGUCGUGUCGAAAGAUGGAACAGGGGAUUUUAAGACGGUCUCUGAAGCCAUCAGAGCCGCGACAGGUGGACGUUUUGUGAUACAUGUGAAAUCGGGGGUUUACAGCGAGUCAAUUAAUACGGACAAAGAUGGGAUCACGUUGAUCGGUGAUGGGAAGUAUUCGACUAUCAUCACUGCUGGCGGUAGUGUGGGCGGUGGGUCUUCCCUACGAGGAUCUGCAACUUUUACAAUCACCGGCGAUGGCUUCAUCGCCCGGGACAUCGGCUUCCAGAACACGGCCGGCGCCUCCGGCCACCAGGCGGUGGCGCUGACAGUCGCCUCCGACCACGCCGUCCUCUUCCGGUGCAGCAUCGCCGGCUACCAGGACACACUCUACGCCCACUCCCUCCGCCAGUUCUACCGCGACUGCGACAUCCACGGCACCGUCGACUUCAUCUUCGGCAACGCCGCCGCCGUCUUCCAGAGCUGCUCCCUCGUCCUCCGCCGCCCUCGCGCCGGCGCCGGCUUCAACGCCGUCCUCGCCAACGGGCGGACCGACCCGGGCCAGAACACGGGCUUCUCGGUCCAGAACUCGAGGAUCACAGUCGGGCCCGACUUCGAGCCCGUCAAGGGCUCGUUCGCCUCCUACUUGGGCCGGCCAUGGAAGGCCUACUCGCGGGCCGUGGUCAUGCAAUCAAACAUUGAUGGUGAGAUCUCGGCCCGCGGGUGGGUCGAGUGGGGCGGGGCGGGCGGGUCAACCUACAAGACUUUGUAUUUCGCGGAGUACGGGAAUGUGGGGCCCGGGUCGGGGACUUCGGGCCGGGUCGAUUGGGCGGGCUUUCACGUGAUCGGGGCGGCGGAGGCGAAGAAGUUUACGGUGGGGGAGUUUAUAGCCGGGAAUUCGUGGCUGCCGUCGACUGGGGUCACUUAUGUUUCGGGCCUGUAG